ACAAGAAAGAACAGUUCAAACCGGAGACGCUCAAGCGCCAAGAGAGCUGGAAGUAGUCAGAGCAGAGGAGCAUAUAAAGAUUUUGUCAGUAUGGACGAUAUGGAGGACGACACCACAAUCUUCUCAACGCUAAAGUCGUUCAAGAGUUUGAUUUCUUGUCCAGAGCGUUCUUUACUGGAGUCUGAGCCAGCGUAUGGCAGAAGUGACCUUCAGAAACUCUAUACUAAAAGAGUGGAGAUGGAGGAGGCAGCCGAGCGGAUCCGAUCCCAUACCAGCCUGCUGCAACUCACUCAAGAGAAACAGCAGAUGGAGCUCAGUCACAAACGCGCCCGAAUAGAGCUGGAGAAAGAGGCAAACAGCAGCUCCAGAGACUUACAGAGGGAAAUUGACCGUAGCCGGGACUUACUGAUAAAGAUCAGACGUCUGGAAGAAAGAGAAGAGAAAGCAAAUCAAGCCCUUAAUGAACAAGUGGAAAAUAACAAGGCUUUAAAGCGUAACCUAGAGGAGCUCCACAAGAAAGCAAACGAAAAAGACAGCAAACUUACAGAGGCAGAACAGAUGAUCAGUGAGUUGAAAGACGAGACACGAAGGCUCAAUCAACAGAUCCAGAUACAGGAGUCCAAAUUCUCCACCCAAAACCUGGAGAUCCAGGCCCUGCAGGAACAACUGGAGGUUAAACGCAAGAAAUUUCAGGACAUCAGUCAGAGGUACCAGAAUUUGCAGUCAUCUCAGUCCACCAACACUGAUAGUGAACUCAAGAUUAAGGAGUUGGAGAGGCAAUUGGUUCUUCUGGAGCAAGACUCUCUGAUUGUGAAGAACAUGAAAUCUGAUGUGGCCAGACUGCCCGAGCUGGAGCGAGAGAUGAAACGUCUACGAGAGGAAAACUGUUUUUUGAGAGAGACGAAAGAGAACAACAGUCUGCUGAAAGAAGAGACGGAGGGGUUGAGGAGGAAGCUGGAGAGAAUGGAGAGAGUGUUGGAGGAGAAACUCAAACUGGAGUUGGAGAAAGAGAAACUGCAGCAUGAACUGCAGGCUUGGGAGAACACCUGCCAGAAAACAGGACUUAACAUUAGGAAACCUGAGGAUUUGUCAAGGGAGGUGAUACAGAUUCAACAGCGAGAACUGAACCUGAAACAGCAGAACUACACACUCAAUAGCAGUGUUCGUUCAGUAGAGAAGGCUCGUGCUGAUCUGCUGCCUGAGAUCACUCAACUGCGCUCUAAAGCUCAAGAGGAACAGAAGAAACGAGAGAACCAGGAUGCGUUGGUCCGUCGCCUGCAGAAAAGAGUCUUGCUGCUUACCAAGGAGCGAGAUGGAAUGAGGGCCAUAUUAGAGUCAUAUGACAGCGAGCUGGCCACCAGUGAAUACUCCCCCCAGCUCAUGCUCCGGGUCAAGGAGGCAGAGGCAAUGCUGCAGAAAGUCCAGGCCCACAACACAGAUAUGGAGACUCAGCUGUCUAAAGCCCAGGAGGAGGUCGGCAACUUAAAAUUACAAGCUCAAAUGGUGGCUGCCGAACUAGAGGCUCUGAAAGAGCAGCAGGCAUCUAAUGCUGAAAAAAACUCCUUCACAACAGCUGAAGAAAUAAGCACCCUCAGGCAGAAGAUUGAGGAAUUAGAGACAGAACGUCAGAGACUGGAAGAGCAAAAUAACAUUCUGGAGAUGAGGCUGGAGAGGCACAAUCUCCAGGGGGACUAUGACCCAGUGAAAACAAAGGUAGUUCACCUGCAGAUGAAUCCCACCAGCAUCGCCAAACAGCAGCGCGCUGAAGAAAUGGAGCAGCUGAGGGUGGAUUGUCAACGUCUGAGGGACCGCCUCCGGAAAAUAGAGGCGGGCGGCGGCAUGCCAACAGAUGAUACCACCCUCAUCAUCCCACCUUCUCAGGAAAUACUGGACUUGCGUAAGCAGAUGGAAAGUGCAGAACUGAAGAACCAGCGUUUGAAGGAAGUGUUCCAGAAGAAGAUUCAAGAGUUCCGCACUGCAUGCUACGUUCUGACCGGGUACCAGAUUGACAUCACUGUGGAGAACCAGUACAGACUCACAUCUGUGUAUGCGGAGCACAUGGAGGAUUCAUUGUUGUUCAAAUCUACUGGUCCAGUGGGCAGUGGCAGCAUGCAGCUGUUGGAGACAGAUUUUUCCCGUACUCUAACCGGGCUGGUGGAUCUGCAUCUCUUCCAUCAGAAGAGUAUCCCAGUGUUCCUGAGCGCAGUCACCAUCGAGCUGUUCAGCCGCCAGACUGUCACCUGAUUUAUCCAUCAGUCCUAGACCACACCGCGUUCAGGGAGCUCAUGUACACAUAUCACCUCACAGUUAUACACUGACUCACAUCCACAGAACUCAUCUUUUUUGCAUAUUUUCAUGGACAUUUAAAUUAGUGAAAAACUAGAUGGGUCUGUUUACACAUACACUGACGAGCAUAUUAUUUGAAUUCCCCUUUUUACAGAUUUAGCAUGUCCCAGAUUAUAAACAAAUUGAAUGUAAAAGAAAAAGUUAAGCAAAUGACAUCUAUAGACCUUAUUCACAUUAGUGCCAUAAUUUUUAAUGGGAAUGACAACGAGGCUGUGAGGGAUAGACUUACAGUCUCUUCAGCUGCACGAACGAUAUAAUGCUGUAUAAAGCUCCUUGAUCACAUCUGAUUUUCCACAACUUAUGUUGUCUGGAGUUCUUUGUAUACUGAAUGUUCUUGGACAGAUUUUUUUAUCAAUGUUUUGUCCUUGGAAUGAUCGAAAAACACUUUAAACUGCAGUAUAGCCCAUUGAAGAGACUAAGUCUACAGCCUCAUUGUCAUUCCCAUUAAAAAUCAAAGAUGGCACUAGCAUGAAUAAGGUCUAUAUGUUGGUGAGAGUCUUAAACCUUUUUAUUCAGUUUUUAAAGCUAUAAAAACCACAGCACAUUAAGAACCAGGUUAACACAUACAUUCGGUAAAAGAAAAUAUACAGAUGUGCUAUCCUCUUCGGGAGGCUUACAGUCAUCAUCUUUUGUGCCAGUUUGUGCUUGUCAAGGAAACAAUAAAGAAAUAUUAAACUUUCA